CCCUUUAAUCCAAUUCGUUGUGUGAGUCACAUGUCUUGUUCCUAUUGUCUGCAGCAGAGGUAAGGGUGUGUACGGGGGACUGGGGACGUAUACAGGGUUGGGCUGGCCUACGGUGGUAUUUUUUAGCGGUGGUGGCGCAGCAUCCUUUGUACCAUGAAGCCUUGGUGCGCUGCAUGUGGAUUGAUGAGAAGGGUGGAGGCAGUUAUCGUUGUCAGGAUCAAGGAGGAUAUUCAUCAGAUUUUGAGAACGUACAUGUAGGCUACGCAGGGUAUGUCCGUGUUAUUAAGUGUGUCCGAGUACAGAAUGUUACCAUUUUCUGCGAAUGAAAUGAAUUGGCUUACCACCUGGGUACCGCUCGGCGGAGGAUGCUGCGGUGUAAGACGUGAGUCAUCUCCUUGAUGCGUGAUUAGCGACGUAUACGGUGGGAGUGUUGCGGAGAAAUCAAUUUUCAUUUUUACCGUCAAGGAUCGAAGGAAUAAAUAUGUCGAGACAGUGCGAGGCUGUGAAGGUGGUGGUGCGAUGCCGCCCAUUCAACAGGAGAGAGGAGACGAUGGAGAACGAUAACAUCUUGGAGGUGAAUACAAAACUGGGGCAGAUCACAUUGAGAAACCCAAGGGCGUCACCUGAAGAACUCAUGAAAUCAUUCACCUUUGAUGCGGUUUAUGACUUUGAGUCGAAACAGAGCGAUAUUUAUCAUGACACGGUCAGACCCCUUGUAGACUCCGUGUUACAAGGUUUCAACGGGACCAUAUUAGCUUAUGGGCAAACUGGGACAGGUAAAACAUACACCAUGCUAGGUAUGCCCACAGACAAUGAGAGAGGGAUCAUCCCAAAUUCAUUUAACCAAAUUUUUACACAGAUCUCCAGGUCUCAGAAUCAGCAAUAUUUAGUGAGGGCAUCCUAUCUAGAGAUCUAUCAGGAGGAGGUCCGGGAUCUGUUAUGUAAGGACAACAACAAGAAACUAGACCUCAAAGAAAACCCAGAUUCAGGUGUCUAUGUCAAAGACCUGUCUUCGGUUGUCAGCAAGAAUGUCAUGGAGAUCGAACAUGUCAUGAACAUAGGAGACCAGUCCAGGUCUGUGGGUUUCACCAAUAUGAAUGAACGCAGCUCGCGGUCCCAUGCCAUCUUCAUGAUCACGGUGGAGUGCAGUGAGAAAGGUGCAGAUGGAGAGGACCACAUACGGGUUGGGAAGCUGAACAUGGUUGACCUGGCUGGCAGCGAACGCCAGAGCAAGACAGGUGCUAAUGGGGAACGCCUGAAAGAGGCCACUAAAAUCAACCUGUCCCUCUCAGCACUGGGUAAUGUCAUCUCUGCUCUGGUUGAUGGGAAGAGCACACACAUCCCUUACAGGGACUCUAAACUUACCCGCCUGCUCCAGGAUUCACUAGGUGGCAAUGCGAAGACGGUCAUGGUAGCCACUCUGGGACCAGCGUCCAAGAACUAUGAAGAGUCCCUAACGACCCUAAGGUAUGCUAACAGGGCUAAAAAUAUCAAGAACAAACCCAAGAUCAAUGAGGAUCCAAAGGAUGCUCUGCUGAGAGAGUUUCAGGAGGAGAUCACCCGCCUGAAGGCCCAACUGGAGGAGCGAGGGAUGCUGGCAAAGGAGAGGAGAAGGAGGAGGAAUAGCAGAAGACUGACUAAAAGUAUGAUUGUUGAGGAUGUAGCCCACAGAGAAAGUGAUGCGGAACUGUGGAAGGCUCUGGAAGCGGAAUGGGAGCGGAAUGCGAAAUACUAUAUAAAGGAAGAACAGGAAAGCAAGAUGAAAAAGGAGGAGGAAAGUAUUAUAGCGAUAAGUAGAUGCAACUCCAUGGAUAACUCUGUAGAGGGCAGUCCCCAAAAAGUUGUUACAUCCAGAAUACCGAUACAUAGAUUUAGCUCUGUGGAGGAUAGCCCCAAAAAGGCUCUUCCCACCAGCGACCAUAGCAGCCCAGGGGCCAGAGAGAAAAGAUUUGGUGAAAAGGAGCAGAUGGAAAAUGAAAGGAUGAUGGAAGACAUGCAGAAGGAACAGGAAUCCAUGGAAAAAAUUAUUGAGAAAUAUAAGGUGACAAUAAAUAUAUUAUUAUUUACUCUGUUUAUGUAUAUGAGACAAUAAUGUGCAUUUUGAUAUCAUAUUUAAUAUGAGCAAUGAUUAAUUGGUGAUGAUAGAGCGCAUCAGUCUUAACAAUAAUAUAUUAUCCAUAUUGCCACGUGUCUCCCUCCAGGCUAUGGAGAGCAAAAUAUUGGCUGGGGGAAAGAACAUUAUUGACCACACUAACGAGCAACAGAAGAUGCUGGAAUUGAAGAGGCAGGAGAUUGCAGAACAGGUGGGAGAUAAUUUUUUUACAUUUUAGUCAUUUAGCAGACGCUCUUAUCCAGAGCAACUUACAGUUAGUGAAUACAUAUUUUUUUUUAUACUGGCCCCCCGUGGGAAUCAAACCCACAACCCUGGCGUUGCAAACGCCAUGCUCUAUCAACUGAGCUACAUCCCUGCCGGCCAUUCCCUCCCCUACCCUGGACGACGCUGGGCCAAUUGUGCGCCGCCCAUGAGUCUCCCGGUCGCGGCCGGCUGCAACAGAGCCUGGAUUCGAACCAGGAUCUCUAGUGGUACAGUUAGCACUGCGAUGCAGUGCCUUAGACCACUGCGCCACUCAGGAGAUCAUCUAUAAACCAAUAUGCUAUGCCUCUAGUAUAUCAGAAAUAUUGCUGUGUCUAAUGACCAUGUUGAAAGUGGUAAGUCUAUAUAAUAUAAUGUUUCUCAAUGUGCAUGCAGGUUUAUGCAUUGUUUCUUUUCUCUGUGUACACAUAUCUUAGAUUUUGGUCAGCAUCAUGGAGGAUGGCUAUGAUUUUGAAAUGUAUUUUUAAAAAAGUAAUAAAAAAAAGUAAUCUCAUAUUGUUUGAGUGUAGGCUAGGCCUAGCUCUAUUGUGUUUGCAUGAAUGAACCAUGACUCCACAAAGGAAUUUCUCUGGAAUAAAAUGUAUUUGUAUUUAGAUAAGACGGGAGAGAGAGAUCCAGCAGCAGGUGAUGGCUCAGGAUGAGGAGACAGGAGAGCUGAGAGAGACCUUCUCCUCCCUGCAGCAGGAGGUGGAUCUCAAGACCAAGAAGCUGAAGAGGGUAAAUGGAUGACUAACCAGUCCUUCCAUAUCCAGAAAGCCCAUCUAGUGUAGGAUCAUUAUUAUGACCUCAUGUUUAAUUUGAAGUGAUUUGAGACAGUGUUUUGAUCCAAAAUCCUAUUUCCUAAAGGAUGUUAAUAUUUCAUGGUCUUAUUUUGGUUCUCCUAUUGUGUUUCCUCUCUCGUUGAUCCAGUUGUAUGCCAAGCUGCAGUUGGUGAAGGCUGAGAUUGGGGAUGUCAUUGAUGAGCAUGUAGUAACCAGACAGGAGCUUGAGCAGACACAAAAUGAACUCACCAGAGAACUCAAGUUCAAGUGAGUAUUAAUAACAUGUAAUCAUGCAAGCGCACACACGCACUCAACACACACACUACGCCAACUUGGUAAACUUUUCACAAUAUUUUUUAUGUUUUACCUGCAGGUAUCUCUUAAUUGAGAAUUUCAUUCCUCCCGAAGAAAAGAACAAAAUUAUGAACAGGCUUCACUUUGACAGUGAGGAGGACCAGUGGAGGUUUAGGCCCUUUGUAACUUCAGAAAGGUCAGUGAGUUCACCCAGUCAAUACUAGUCUAUACUACACUCUUAGAAAAAAAGGUGCUAUCUAGAACCUAAAAGGGUUAUUUGGCUGUCCCCAUAGGAUAACCCUUUAAAGAACCCUUUUUGGUUCCAGGUAGAACCCUUUUGAGUUCCAUGUAGAACCCUCUACACUAUUCUCUGCUAAUGUUAUUGGUACUACAUAUUAUUGACUGGCGCUGAAAGGACAGCUCCGCUAAUCGGACAGGUAUAAAGAUAGCGGUGUCCAGGGCGAACUUUGUGGUGCUGAAAGGACAGCUCCGCAGAACCAGUUACAGAAAUGUCACUGAUUAGGGUAGGCACACUUAGUCACAAUUUGAUUAUUUCCUUGUUUCACAAGUCUAAAAUAAAAGUAUAAAAAAUGUGUCUACUUUGUCACAAUAUGAUAUUAUAUAUACUUUUCUUUUAACUUCUUAAAUAACCCCUAAACUAGCCUUUCCUCCCGUACACAUCUUAUUGCAGUAAAUCGGCUCAUCAGGUGAAACGAAGGCCCACUUCUGUGGUGGGAUACAAGAGACCUAUCAGCCAAUAUGCACAGAUGGCUGUCACAACAGGAGCUCCAUCUAGAUACCGGGUGGGUUAGUGCUAGGUUUUUUAUCCAUGGAAAUUAAGUGUAGUGUAUUUUUGCUAAAUGUAUUAGAUCUGCUAGAUGGAAAAUAUCUAAUCAGUUGUAUUUGACAGUAUAUGAGUUUUAAAAAAAUCAAUUUUGCUCAUACUUGAGGGCCAUUGACAUACUGUACUGACUAAUGUCUAGAAUACAAUUUCCACCCAAAAAAUGUAAUCAUCAAUUGCAAAUGCUUUCCAUCGUCACUGCUCAUUACAUUAAACUUUCUCUCUUUCUCUCUCAUUCCUUAUUCCUAUAGGCUGAGAAUGUAAUGCUCCUGGAGCUAGAUAUGAGCCCACCCACCAUGUACAACCUCAACCUUAACGGAGCACACCUGGAGCAGGCCUUUGGAGGUCCCGGUAGCCCCAGGAGAGACCUGCUAGUCAACGUCCCCUUCAGGGACAGGACCACUGCAUCAGGAAGGGUCCGAAAGUCACGAUCCUGGUGAGUUACAGUACCUGUAAUAACCUGGUGAGUUUAACCUGCAUGAUGAGUUUAACCUGCAGAGGCGGACUCUCUUAGAGUUGCUACAUUAACUAUUAUCUGAUUAGUCUUUCCUACUUUACUAAUAAUUGGCAGCAUUUAGAGAAAUGAAUAUCAUAAUUUUAUAUGCAUUAGUAUUGCUGUUAGGCCUACUCUUGAGACAGCAGUUUUGGGAUAGUCUUUGUUGCAGCUAAAAAUCCAUAUGAAAGGAUCCAUAUAAGAAGAUACUCAAGUUGCCAGCUAAAUAGGUCAUACGUAUACCCUCUUCUUCAUUCCCAGGUACCAGGCACCACGUUCAUCCUCUUCAUGCGUCUCAUCCUCUUCAUCAUCCAGCUCUAUAACACAAGGACCCCAGAUCCAGUGCUCUCCUCACCCCCAGAGACCCUCCUCAUCCAUCUAUACUCCAUUGGAAGGUGCCAUUCCAGGGAGCCCCUGAUUAUAGAACAUUCCAAUGUAUAUCAUAUAUGCCUAUUUGCUGUGUUACAUUAUGCAAUCAACAAUUUCAAAGUAUAUUAUUUCACCAAAUACAAUUUGUCUGUAACCAAAAGUUUUGCAUAAUACUUUGUGGAAAAUAUAGUAAAGCUGAGCUUUUCAUUAUUUUAUAUUUUUUCUGCUAUCAUUAUAGCUUAUGCUGAUGAUGACUAACGUAAUGUUUAGCUUUUUAUGUAUUGAAACAUCAGAAUAAAUGGUACAAACUGUUAAAUAACAUGUAUGAACCUACAUUUUUUAGGGAAAAGGGAAAAUACCUGUCUUUCAAGUCAAAUGAACUGCCAUUGACAAAAAAUAGGGAGAAGAAGAAAAAAUCACCAGCCUUAAGGUUUUUAUUAAUUUUACUAAUUUUAGAGGAUUUACUCGCUAGGCUAAUAUUCUAUUCUAUUCUAGCCUAAACACCGCCAUCUCCCCAAAAUAGUCACAUGUUCUGACAGUAACAACAGUCAUGGUAUUAUUUUAUUAGCUAUGUAUUUUUUUUAUAACAAAGUAAAACAAAUGUGUUUCAAUACUCCAGUGUUUGCCAGUGACAGCUGUCAUUUGUACAGUAAGAUUACGUCUCUCUCAAUGUCACAUGACACACUCCUUACAGUAAAGCAGUAAAAGCCCAAUAUGGCAGAAGCAGCGGGUCUUGCGCGGUAACUAAAGCAACAUUUCAACACACUGUCAAAUUCAACACUAAUCAGCGCAAGACCGCAGCGAUGAGGGAGAGACAGAAGAAAAAGAAGGGGAGGACAUGGGCAGAGGCUGCUAAAACGGUAUUUACUGUCGUUCUGUUCAACGUUUGUUGUGCUUGUUUUCCCUUCGCUCCCACUUGUACAACUGUUUAUGAGUUCAUGACCCGCUGGUGUAGACGAAAUGUUGCGUAUGCAACGCAAGGCCUGCUUUUCGGCUAGCUAAGCACUGGAAGUCCAUCAAGAUUGUCUUGACAGUCUUGUGGAUUCAUUUACAGCAAAUAACUAUAUCAAUGUCUCCAUGUAGUUUGCUUUAGUUGCUGAAGUUGUAGAUGGGAAAUUUACAGAAUUAUUGUUUGGACCGCAGACGUGGAGCAUUACAUGUCUGUGUUUCGCUGUAAAGUAAACACCGAAGUGUUGCGCGAGCGUAGCUAGCCAGUUAGCAAACUAUGCUAGCUCUAAAAUUCAGUUUGACAGCUUGUUCUGAACUAAUAAAAUACAUUGAAACAUAGCCGUUGUCAAGUGUCUAGUUCUCCAGCCUAGCUCUAAUCGCCCUAUGUCGAUGGACAUAAGCUAUAACGCUAGCUAAUGACCAAUGAACGACAGCUAACAUGGUAGUAGUAGCCAGCUUGCUAACUAGCUAGCUAACUACUUAUAGCUAACUAGUAGCUACAUCAGUAGUGUUUAUAAACUAUUUAUAAAGUUGCUUUAGCUACCUGGUCACUGUAUUGGCCAUUCAGUAAUAUUAAAAUGCUUAGCGACCUAUAGCUACAUGUAUUAGCAAAUCAUUACUGUUACUAGUUUUGAUUAGCUACAUUGUGUAAACAAGACACACUAACAUAGCUAGCUAGCUAACAGUAGUUAGUUGACAGCUGACAGUUCGCCUACUAUUCAUAUGAAAACCUUUGUGACAUCAAAGAUUUUUAUAACUAAACCAAGAUAGACCACAGCCUGUUGUUUCCGAUGGGAACAAAUUAGUCAUAGUGGGCAGAACAAGCAAGGAAUCAGAGCUAAGCACGAGCUAGCGAGAUCUUAUUUGCCUGUUCUAGCAAGUAUCUGCAUAUUUCCGUUAGGGAACGCCUACUCUGUGAAGUGCGCGUGUGCAAUAACUCAAUUCGCCUUUGCACUCCUAAAGAACGCGAUUUUUUACAACUUUGGCAAAGGGUAAGGUCUACAAAACUUAGUCGACUCAGUUCAAAACAGAUUCUAGUUUUGGGAACUGGAAACUGUAUUGAGACUAAAUCUUUCAUCGAUGAGAUAAUUUGAAAAAUGUCGGCCAAAAUCCAUCUCCUUCCAUCUGCUCCCACUGUUGGCCACUGGGUUUCCUCUCACUACCAUAUUUGGUAGUAAGUGGAAACGCCAAGCAGAAGCUUCACAUUUUAUACAUUAGGUGAAAUAUCUGUCUCAUUGUUCUAUCUGUGGUGACAUGUCAUCAUGGCUAUAAUUUUGGCUAGCUACAUCAGCUAUUAUGGUGGUGAUCUUGCUCAGACUUUCUCUUCUUACACGUACACAAAGGAAGUGAAUCAUGCUUUGGUGAGGCCAUUGAGGUCUGUUUUAUUCCCAGCAAGUAAUAUAUUCUCUUGACAAUGGGCAAAAGCAUGCACUAAAUCAUUGGGCAGGAGUUGUUGACAGAACAGAGGUUGACUUCAUGUGUAAACAAACCACACCACUAAUGAAUGUAAUGUGCUAAAAUCUCAGGGGCCGUAUGCGUAGGAGUGCUGAUCUAGUAUCAGGUCCUCCCUGUCUAUGUAAUUUUAUUCAUUGUGAUCUAAAAGGCAACACUAAUCCUAAAUCAGUACUCCUUCUCAAAGUCAGAGCUAUGACAUGACAGCACAGAACUAUAGAACACCUCAGUAGAAGCUUGCUCAAUUGCUACAUGACAUGCUAAUUUCAUACCACUAGGCCCUAAUUUCAUACCACUAGGCCCAACUAUAGAAUCGUGGGUUUAUAAUGUGUAGUAACACCAUAAGCAAUGUGAAUACUAGUCUAGGACAGGUUGACGUAUGUUAUUAUCUUUAGGCUAGAGGUUGUUUUACAUACUCAAGUGGUUUUAGGUAUGUAUUACACAUUAUUACACUGCAAUCCAUUGACAGAGUUUGUGCUGUAUUCUUUCAGGUAUUAGAAAAGUACCCCAACACACCCAUGAGCCACAAAGAGAUCUUACAGGUGAUCCAGAGGGAGAGACUGAAAGAGAUUAGGUAAAUGAACAGUCUCUCAUAUGUCUUCUGUGUGUUCUCAAAGAAAAGGUCCCUUUUUAGACCCUUUUUAAGGUUCCUUUAGGUGUCCUCUGUUAGUCCCCAUCACAGUUUUGACUUCAUUUUUGAUACACAAGAUCAGCACACUAGGCCUAGUUUUGUUUAUGAAUAGCAACGCAUCAUUUCUUCUUGUUUGAUUGAUUGCUAAUGUCCUUUCCCUUUUUAUUUUCUUCUUCUUGGUAAUUAUUACAUUCACAUCAUUCUAAUGAUUUCCUUUCUUUCUUGUUUAAUUUUUUCACUCUUGUCAUCCAGAAGGUAAGACAAAGCUAGUUUUGCCCCUCCCUCCCUUAACAAACUGACUAAAAUGUUGUUUGUUUUUCCUGUUGCAUGUUAUUAACAACUUGUACUUGUAACAACAAGUUACAACAUGUGAUUAACAACAUGUUCUUCCAUGUCAGGUAUUGUUAUUUCAGGCAGCACAGCCUAAUAAUUUCAGCUGAAUCUGUUAUACUCUGAAUACAGUACACUGGCGCCUGAUUCACACUAUAGGGCCAAACCGGGCCAGGCUGAGCUGUACUGGGUUGGCCAGCUUGGCCUGGUUACACAUCCACCAUAGUUGCUGAAACUAUGCUGGAAAGGACAAUGUGAAAAGGAAAUGUCAGAGCCAGCACAGUACAGUUAAAGUCGGCUCUGUAGUGGCCAGUCAGCUGUCUGCUUCAUUAGGUGUAACUGGCUGUGCUUUCCUCUUCUCCUGUUAUCUAGUGGUACUUCUCCGCUGGCCUGUCUCAAUGCUAUGCUCCACACCAACUCUCGCGGUGAAGAAGGAAUGUUCUACAAAGUACCUGGACGAAUGGGGGUCUACACACUGAAG